AUGGCCAAGCCCAAGCCCAGAGCACAGUUGCGGCGGCGCACCACCACCGCCGCUGCCGCCGCCGCCCCGCGGUCGUCCCCCCUCCAACAAACCUGCAAGUUCCUCGGCACCACCACCGGCCUGGACCUCACACUGCGCCUCCUGCAAGGCUUCGUCAUCAUCUCCGCCAAGGCCACCGACGAGGUGCUGGCCACGCGCAGCUUCAUUGCCUCGGCGCAGCUUGAUCUCGCCAGACGAUAUCUGAGAUUUUUUGUCCUGCUCGACUGUAUACACAAUGUACUAGACUGUAGUAUGAAAGAGUACAGGUCGCUGGCGUACAAGACGCUCGACCUGCUGGAAUGGAGCUGUCUGCUGCUGUACUUUGCCCUCGAGAACCUGACCAUGCUCCACGACAUGAAGAUUCACGUCGUGCCCUGGUACAGACCCGUCCUCGUCGAGGCCAACAAGUUUUGGUUCUACGCCAUCCUCGCCUCCAUCAUCCGCACCGUCAUCCAGCGUGCUGGCCUCUUCUCCGGCAGCACCAGAACCGACAAGCAGAAACUCGCUUCCCCGCCACCGCCGCCGCUCAGACGCCUCGUCAUUGACGCGCUCGAUCUCACCCUGCCCGCGUCCUUUAUCGGCUGGGUUGCGCUCGACGACGUGACCAUUGGUUGCCUCAUGACGGUGAGCACGAUUCUCGUGUGGAGAGAUGUCUGGGAAAAAGCACAACGAGACCAGGCUUGA